AGAACGGUUCAUUUAUGUGUCCAUCUGAGUGACAGAAAGAAUGUCAUCAUCAAACAGAUACCAGUAGAGCAAAUGACCAAAGAUGAACGCCAAGCUGCACUAAAUGAAGUCAAGGUUUUAUCUAUGCUUCACCACCCAAACAUCAUUCAAUAUUUUGAAAAUUUCCUAGAAGACAAAGCCUUAAUGAUUGUUAUGGAAUAUGCACAAGGUUAGGACAUUUUAUUGUUGUGGGAAAAAAUAAAUAAAUUUACCAUAUUUUUUUCCAAUGGCUUAAAAUUUUGAUGUAAUUCUGGUUUAUUUCAAUAAAUUUUUUAGGUGGAACUUUACUGGACUUUCUACAGAGCAGAAAUGGCAUUUUGCUAGAAGAAGAAGUAAGUUAUUCAAUAUUUUUAAAAAAAUAUUUUUUUUUAACUCUAAAUCCAGUAUUAGAUUGUUGAUUUUCCUUCAUUUACAAAGAUGAUCAAGACUUUCAUCGACAGUGAGUACACAGGUGGCUUGUCAGCCCUAUUUGUGCCUGGAAAGCUUUCCCACAUGUUGGACACAUGUUUUGGAAUCCUAGAUGGAUUGGAGGCUAUUAUGCUUUUCCUUGUUGUGCGCUUUCUUUGGGCAUGUCUUACACUCCUUGGAUUGUGUUCCAAUAGUGAGUCUGCCUCACUAGCUUGUACGAUCCAAGCAAAUUUUUCCCAUGAAUUCAGGUCAAUAUCUAUAGAUUUGAGUAAAACUUUUUGACAAUCUUUAAAGCAUUUUUUUGCACCAGCUGAGAGUUUCGAUCUGGAAAGUUCACAGAACAUUAGUUGUUUAGGAAGUCUGAAAAAGUAGAACAAGGUAUGUUGAAGGUUAAAGUGAAAGACAGAAUAAUAAGAUGUGAACGUUUCAGCUUAGAGCCUUCUUCAGAAAACAGAAAAAUAGUCAAAAAACUUUAGAGAUCUCAUUUGUUGUUCCGGAAGUAGGAUUUAUUAUCUUUUAUGAAUUCUGCCAUCUGCCUUGUCCUUUUUGUAUAAACAUGUAGAUUCUGAUUAAGUCAGACUUUUGUAGACCUUCUGUAUCAGGGACUUCGUCCUGCCAACUUAUGCCAAAAAGUUUGUUUAAACAGACUUGGUGAAGAUGGUUCAGUUGACUAGGAUUUCUGCUGUACUCUGUCCAAUCUGUUCUUCUCGUAUUGAUGGUGAGGCCAUAGUUGUUGAAGGCCUUAGCAAAGCAAUCAAGUAUUAUCUGCAUUUCAGUUCCAAGCUUGCAUUUAAGGUGCAUUAAUCAACAAAAAGAAGUCUUUAAUAACUGUUUCUUUAAUUUUCGUAAUGGGUUGCAGUUUCCAAAAAUUUAAUAGCCCAAAGUCUGUCCCGUAUCUUAUAGGAAUGGAGUUAUUAUUGUCAAGAAAGGCAUCAGUCAUCAUCCAUCACCCUUGCCAUCACACCAUAAUGGAGUUGACAUACCAUUAUAAUAAAUCUACUUGGGCAGCCAAAUUUCUCCAUCAUCUUCCACAGGCCAUCUCUUCCGACUGAGUCAAAUGCAUUGGUCAGAUUAACAAAGGCUGCUGUGUUAAUCUGGACAUUCUUCUUGGAGCUGGUGUGCAGCAAAUAUCAUGUCAGCUGUGACCCAUUAUGAACAAAAUCCACAUUGCUUUCAGGAAGUACUCCUGUUUAUUGUGUAGACUGUUUCCGACUAGGUGUGAUUCCUUUUUUUUUUACAAUACUCUCCUGGUGAACCUUGCAUCAUUACAUGUGAGACCUGUCACUGCUCUCCUGGUGAACCUUGUGUAUUUACAUGUGAGACCUGUCACUACUCUCCUGGUGAACCUUGUGUAAUUACAUGUGAGACCUGUCAAUGGAAGUGAUGUGCCAGCAUUACCUGUCUGGUUGCCAUAUUGCAAGAAGACACAGCACCUUAGCAUCCGGAUGUGAGGAUAAUGCCCCAGGCCUGAUUCCGAGAAGUCCACCCAGCGCUAUCUUUCUUUACCUAUGACGCAGGGUUGUCCUGAUAAGAUCUCAGCACCUGAUGUUCAUCAUUUAGUAGUGACUGUGUCUCAUUAUGAUUUUCAUCAAACCAAUCUUUAUUUCUGCGGGUUGCUAGUCCGAGGUCUUCUAGGGCAGUGUGGUAGAUAGUUUCUCUCAAUUUAUUUAUUUAGGCAUUUUUAUAUAGCGCUUACCUUAAAGCUCUAAGCGCUUUACAAUUAUUAAAAACAUGUAAACUAACUAAAAUAAAAAUGAGAUGUUAGGAUAGUAACUACUAUACUAUAGAAACAAUUAAAAUGGCUAUAAAACGAGGACACUUUGGCACAAUUGUAAAAAUUUUUAAUCCAUAUUUUCAUUUUCUUUCAAGGGAUUGCUGCACACCCUACAUAAUGUUCAAUGGAAAAUUCUUCUGAUAUUUUUGGGCAUUUAAGUUUGUAGACAUUAAGCUUUGUUUUAAAUUUCUGUUCUUCAUGUCUUCUUGUCGGUAUUAUAUGAAAUUUUAAUUUACAUAUUUUUAGUCAAUGAUAGUCCAGCACUCAUCGCCACUCAUAACAUCAGUUACUCAACAUCUUUUAUGUCAUUUUUCUAUGGUGAUGACACAGUCAAUCAUGAGCCAGUGUUUUGAACGUGGACGCAUCCAGGAAGUUUUUUUUCAUGGUGGAAGGCAGUAGAGUGUGAUGGUGUCAGUGGGGUCAUUUGUCUGCAUACAUUUAGGAGCAGUAAACCAUUGCUGUUGCCCUUUCCAUGGCCAUGUCUUGAGAUUGUCCCUUCCCAUGUCUGAUGAUCUGUUCCAACUUUAGCACUGAAUUCCCCAGAGACUUUUGAGAUUAGAUUGUCUAAUUCUUUAAAAAAUGUGAUUUUGGUUUUCUUAGAAUUUGUCAUCAUGUGAGCAUAAGGACCUAUGAGUGUGGCUCCUUAUAUUUGAAUAGAGGGAGUGAAAGUGUUGUCAAACGGCCAUUGAUGCCUUCUGUUAACUUUGAGAAUGUGUGGGCAGUGAUUGUUGUGAUGGAAAAGCCAACACCAGCUCCGAAAGUAUAAAAUAAAAUGAGUAAAACAGAGUAGGGUUAAACCUGAAAAAAUAAACGCAACAAAACAGCGAAGGUGUCGGCAGAAAGCCUUCGUCAGCGAAAAAACGGUAUAAAAAUAAAAAUAAGAAAUAGCACUUAGCUGGUAAGUAGUAUCUGUGGGCAGCAAUAGAAGUGUGUUCUAUUGCUUCCCACAGAUACUACUUACCAGCUAAGUGUUAUUUCUUAUUUUUAUUUUUAUACCGAUUGUUUAUACAUGAUUGUUCUGCCCUAUGAGAUAGGCAUGAUUGUUCUGCCCUAUGAGAUAGGCAUGAUUGUUCUGCCCUAUGAGACAGGCAUGAUUGUUCUGCCCUAUGAGACAGGCAUGAUUGUUCUGCCCUAUGAGACAGGCAUGAUUGUUCUGCCCUAUGAGACAGGCAUGAUUGUUUUGCCCUAUGAGACAGGCAUGAUUGUUUUGCCCUAUGAGACAGGCAUGAUUGUUCUGCCCUAUGAGACAGGCAUGAUUGUUUUGCCCUAUGAGACAGGCAUGAUUGUUCUGCCCUAUGAGACAGGCAUGAUUGUUCUGCCCUAUGAGACAGGCAUGAUUGUUCUGCCCUAUGAGACAGGCAUGAUUGUUCUGCCCUAUGAGAUAGGCAUGAUUGUUCUGCCCUAUGAGAUAGGCAUGAUUGUUCUGCCCUAUGAGAUAGGCAUGAUUGUUCUGCCCUAUGAGAUAGGCAUGAUUGUUCUGCCCUUGUUCUGCCCUAUGAGACAGGCAUGAUUGUUCUGCCCUAUGAGACAGGCAUGAUUGUUCUGCCCUAUGAGACAGGCAUGAUUGUUCUGCCCUAUGAGACAGGCAUGAUUGUUCUGCCCUAUGAGACAGGCAUGAUUGUUCUGCCCUAUGAGACAGGCAUGAUUGUUCUGCCCUAUGAGACAGGCAUGAUUGUUCUGCCCUAUGAGACACGCAUGAUUGUUCUGCCCUAUGAGACAGGCAUGAUUGUUCUGCCCUAUGAGAUAGGCAUGAUUGUUCUGCCCUAUGAGACACUCAUGAUUGUUCUGCCCUAUGAGACAGGCAUGAUUGUUCUGCCCUAUGAGACAGGCAUGAUUGUUCUGCCCUAUGAGAUAGGCAUGAUUGUUCUGCCCUAUGAGAUAGGCAUGAUUGUUCUGUCCUAUGAGAUAGGCAUGAUUGUUCUGCCCUAUGAGAUAGGCAUGAUUGUUCUGUCCUAUGAGAUAGGCAUGAUUGUUCUGCCCUAUGAGAUAGGCAUGAUUGUUCUGCCCUAUGAGAUAGGCAUGAUUGUUCUGCCCUAUGAGAUAGGUAUGAUGCUUUUUGUAAAUAUUAAAUAAAUCAGGUGUUUGGCAGUAAUUUUCAUUUGAAAAAAUGACCUCAUUAAUAAUGAAAAUUGGAGGGAGAAAAAUUGUGGCUACCACUAUGCAUAGACUUUUCAAAUAAAAAAAUUUGAAAAUUGCAUUGUACCUUCGUGACCUUAUAUCACUUUGUAUUUGUUGAGCAUUUUCUACAAUUAAAAAUAAAAUUCAACUUGAAUACAAUUUAAAUACAUUUUCUUACAACUUAAAUUGCACAGGAAAUACUGAAAUUCCUUGCUCAGAUGCUGCUGUCAUUGCAGCAUGUCCACUCCAAACAAAUUCUACACAGGGACCUCAAAACACAAAAUAUCUUACUUGACAAGAAAAAGGAAAUCGUCAAAAUAGGAGACUUUGGUAUUUCUAAAGUUCUCAGCAGCAAGAGUAAGGCAUACACAGUAAGUAAGCUGAGCUCUUUAUUAGCAGUAAACCCAUGUUACAUUGGUCAAAUAGAACUGCAUUAUUGUAACUUGGGGACAUUGCAGAAAUUUAAGCCUUGCUUUUAUUACUGAAAAUCACCAAUGGUUUCAUCUGACGAUAAAGAUUAAUUCAUUAUAUUGUUACAUCACUUCUUCAAGAUACAGGCAUCAAUAAUUUAUUAGUUGAUUAAUUCAGAUGAGUUAUAUUUAUGUAAAUAUGAUGGUAAGACAAACUAUUAUUGAUUUUUUUCCCCAGGUUGUUGGAACCCCAUGUUAUAUUUCACCAGAAUUAUGUGAAGGGAAACCGUAUCUUUCAAAUUGUUUAUAUGACUCAUUUACUCUGUGGAAGUUUUCUUAGCUUAUAUGAAAGCAUUUUCUGGUUUUAGAGAUCAAGUUUCUCACGGAGUAAAAAAAAAUUAUAUAGCUAAAAUAAAAAUGCAUGCUUUUGUCAAUGGGAAGUUUAUUUGAGAAGCAGCUGUAGCAUUGUUUAGUUUGAUUUAGUUUUUAAAAGUUAUGUGUACUUAACUUGGACUAAGAUAUAACCAGAAGAGUGACAUAUGGGCCCUUGGCUGUGUGUUGUAUGAGCUGGCAAGUCUGAAAAGGGCUUUCGAGGCUGCUGUGAGUUCAAUAUUGUUUAAUGACUUUAAGUGUAUCCAACUAUUGUUUGAAUUUCUGCACCUUAAAAGUUAUCUUUGUUUAUUUACUUUUUUGGUUUUAUUUAUUCCAUUUGUUCUCUAGUUAACUUUUUAAAAGAAUAGAUAAGCUUGAACUUGAAACAUAUUGAAGAUAUUGCAACCCCCCCCCCUUUUUGCCCCUCUCUCUCUCUUUUAUAAAAGCUUUAUUCUCGAACACUUUCUUUUUCUUUGUCUAUCCCCCUCUCUCUCUUUUCGAAUAAAUGUCAACUCUCUUCCUGUCUUCACCACUUCUUCAUUUCACCGAAUGGGCCUCUGAAUGUAGGCCUAAAUUCUUUCUGAAAGACAGAUGUCAAAUGACGCUGGGCACAAGGGGAUUUAAUUAGAUUUAAUGACACAUACAGUUAAACAGAAGAAAAUGUCCAUUAAUUUUUUUUUCCUCUUCAUAAUUAUGAUUUUAUGUUGUAUUUGACAACAAAUCAUUCACGUAAUUCAUUACAAAUUGUUACCAUCAUCAUGCUUCCAUUAUCUAUGUGAAACUAGGGGUAGCACACACAGCUGAGCAGUUGACUGAGGGAGUCUUGAUUAUUUAUCCUCAGAACUUGCCAGCUUUGAUUUUGAAAAUCAUGAGGGGCACCUUUUCUCCAAUCUCAUCUCGGUACAGUCCACAUCUGAGAGACCUGAUCCUCAGCAUGUUGCACCUUGACCCCAACAAGCGGCCCACCAUCAAUCAGAUCAUGGCUCAACCAAUCAUUGUCAACACGAUCAUGAACUUACACACAGACAUGGGGAAAGUGCCAUGUGUCAGGUAUAGUUGAUUGAUUGUACACGCUUGUGUGCGAUUGGCCACUUUACUAUAAAUAACUUGUUAAAAACAUGAAAUUAACUAUUUUAACAUGGAAUGGUAAACAAAUGUAGUGAUAGCUAUUAUUUCUGUUUUCUAGGAUUAACCGCCCUUUAUCAAGUAUUCAAGGCACCGGCAGAGGGAGGUCAUCAGCUCGUGGUAAUGCAACAUCAAGAGGUACAUAAUUAGAUACAUGCCCAUUGUUUUUCUGUUCAUUGUGAGAAUGCAAGCAAGUGACAUCACAUCCACAAUAUUUAACUUUUUCAUUACCGCUGACGUCAAAGCGACGUCAUGACAACCCACUUUCAAUUAACAAGGACGUCACAUUGUCAUCAUGACAAAUAGGCACAGCACAUUUCUGAAUUAUCGAGGACAUCACGUCGACGUCACUAUUUAAUGCUAUAUACUUCUUGUAGUUUUCUAUCUUCUAUUUAUAGAGAAGUUAAUAAGCGAAUUGCUUUUAACUGCUGGCAUUUACAUUAACAUUAAUUGCGGUGAUUUCUUGUAUAUUUACAAACAAUGCUAUCCAGUGCUUGGUAUUUCGAAGUUGGUGAAAAGCCCAAAUUUGCUGGGGCAGCAAAAAUUGAUGCCCCAAAACCAGCCUUAGUUAUAGGGUUAAGUGCCUCACCAUUUCCAUGUAAAUUUUUAUUUGAGUCCAACACGACGCAAAACUAUAGAACCCUCUUUUAAAUUCCAGAUGGCCUUUCAAGCAAGCCCCAGCCCUUAAGCUCUGUGUUUUGCUGGGGUGGGGGAAUUAAUGUCCCCACAAAACUACCUCUGCCCAGCAUGGAAACUCAAGUGGUUCUAGUGUCGACAGGGAGAACACAGAGAGCUGCGGUCACUAAAAAUGGCAGACUUUUUGUUUGGGAGGUAAGGUGAAACUUUUUUUUUUUAAAAUUGAAAUGUCGUUAAAUUGGUUGAAAUUUUAAGAUUGUUUCCUUGAUGAGUUUUGGCUUUUGGCUCCGCCCGACAUGUGGUAGUGAAAGUUGGCAUCUUUCAUUUCUAUUACAAAAAACUUUGAAAACAUGAAUGUCAAAAAAAUGUUCAAAAAUUUUUCAAAGCCUCAAACCAUGGGAACGGACAGCUACAUCCCGGGCGCCACUGACAAUAGCACACCCACGUUCAUACCUCGCUUUUUGGAGGGUCAGGCGGCCGUAACAAUACAGCAUGUGGCAUGCGGUGACCUGUUCACAGCUUGUCUGACAGGUGAGAAGAGAAUUGUUACACAAGUAACCUGUUUGUAAGGUGUACUAAUAAACACAGUAAUUUUACACCAGUAAAUUUUGUAAGGUGGUUAUGUAACACAGUAAUUUUAAAUAUAUUCAGCCCUCAUUUGCUUACCAUAUUCUUACGUACAAUUAUGGUUUUGAAAAUUUAAUUUGUGUUAUGAUUGGGCUUGUUAAAUAAACAAUAGGUAACAAAGGACUGAGAAAAAAACAUUAUGCAAAGAAAAAGAUACCAAAGCUUGUGAUACAAACAAUAUUCAGUUUAAUUAUAGUAUCAAAUUUCUAUAAAAAUUCAAAGACAGAAACCAAAAACUAUACCAGAUUACAGCACAGUAAAGUGAAAAGGUACAUUCCUCAAAAAUACAAAUAUAAAUUUACACAUGAAAAUUACAUAAUGUCUCGUAUAUGUUAGGAAAUAUAGCAAAAAUCUGGCAGCCAAUAUAUAGAGAUUCAAUCAGAACGAGCUAAUAAAGAAAUUCUAGAAAUUGCGUCCCCUGAGGACAUUCAUUAGAACAAAUAGAAUGCAUUUGAACGUAAACAACCUUUUCCCAACCAAGGGAGGGAUGGGUAAGGAUUGGCACAGCGCAUUUAGUUGGGGGUGUCAGUAUCAAGGAUAUUCAAAUGAUGGUGGCUAAAAAAUAGCUCUAACUUGAAGUGGAAAAAAUAUGCCAAGAUGUUGGCCAUACAAUAACAAUGUACAGUCUUGUCUUUGACAGUUUUCUAGUUGUGUAAUCUAAACUUCAGAAUUGUUGUUACCCUGGCAAUGCUGAAGUAGCUGUAGUGCAUAACAUGAUAUUUAUUUGUAUGCUGGAUUAGAGUAAAAAUCUAAACUGGAAAACAUUAUAUUCCAGAUCGUGGCAUCCUGAUGACCUUUGGCAGUGGUGCUAAUGGAUGCCUGGGUCAUGGAAACUGUAAUGAUGUCACACAGGUAGAUGUAAAUUGUUUUAAACAAAUGCAUUGUCCAACGCUCAUAUUAAUGCUGUACAAAAUAAUGAGUUAUAAGACUUGUAGUAGUAUGUUGAUUUCUCUGAAGUCAGACUUGCUGGCUUACUAUGUCAGCUUAUAAUUUAAGUAGAAAUUUAUUUAAAUAAUGACUAAUGAAUUCAAAAUAUCUAAUAGCAUGACUGCACAGUUGAGGUAGGUAGUGGGCUCAAAACAUAAUCAGCCUGUUUAGUCUUCUUUUUAUGCCUUAUUACCCCGUCUGGGGCAUAGGCCGUCCAUAAGAAUUUUCCAUUCAUCACGGUCCUGUGCUUUCGUUUCCAGUUGCUUCCAGGUGUAUCCCAUAUUUUGGGUGUCUGCCUCUAGCUCGCUUCUUCACGUAUUCUUUGGCCUUCCUCUCUUUCUUUUUCCCUGGGGUAAUAAGGGGAGAGACUGCCAUCAGGUUAGUACAAAAUAAAAUGAGUAAAACAGAGUAUGGUUAAACCUGAAAAAUUAAACGCAACAAAACAGCGAACGUGUCGGCAGAAAGCCUUCGUCAGCGAACAAAACAACAGAAAAAACGUUAUAAAAAUAAGAAAUAGCACUUAGCUGGUAAAUAGUAUCUGUGUAAACCUGAAAAAUUAAACGCAACAAAACAGCGAACGUGUCGGCAGAAAGCCUUCGUCAGCGAACAAAACAACAGAAAAAACGUUAUAAAAAUAAGAAAUAGCACUUAGCUGGUAAAUAGUAUCUGUGACUUCUAUUGCUGCCCACAGAUACUACUUACCAGCUAAGUGCUAUUUCUUAUUUUUAUAACGUUUUUUCUGUUGUUUUGUUCGCUGACAAAGGCUUUCUGCCGACACGUUCGCUGUUUUGUUGCGUUUAAUUUUUCAGGUUUAACCAUACUCUGUUUUACUCAUUUUAUUUCUUUUUCCCUGUAGAUUCCAUGUUAGAGGCUGUCUGGUGAUGCUAUCUGGGGGUUUUCGCAGCGUAUGCCCUAUCCACCCCCAUCUUCUCUUUAUGAUGUCUUCAUCAAUAGGCACCUGGUAAGUCCUUUCUAGUAGAUCUUUGUUAGUGAUAGUAUUUGGCCAUUUGAUGUUCAGGAUCUUUCUAAGGCAUGUGUUUAUAAAGGUCUGUACUUUCUGCAUAAUGUUCGCUGUUGUUUUCCAAGUUUCUGCUCCAUAUAGUGGAACUGUUUUGACAUUAGUGUUAAAGAUUCUAACUUUGGUUUGCAGCUUUAGCUCCUUGGACUCUCAUAUUUUCUUUAAUAGCACAAAUGCUGAUCUACCUUUUCCAGUUUUGGCCCUCACAUCCGCCUCGGAUCCACCAUUUAAGUCGAUGGUGCUGCCUAAGUAUGUGAAGCACUCCACUUCUUCCAGUGCCUUUCCCACCAGAGAGACAUGCUCUUGAUUGGCUGAGUUUACCUUCAUGCUCUCCAUCUUGCUUUUAUUUAUGUUGAGACUGUUUAGUAGUUUUAGUAAUCACCCAUAUAAAUAUGAAAAUAUGUCUGAAAUUAGUCUAAGUCAAAAACAAUGCAUAAGGUUGUAUGUACUUACAUAAAAAAUGUGUGCACGUUGUCUUUAGCCAUACAUACCGGGCCUUAGAACAUCUGAUCAGAACUGUUGAGGUCAUUCAGAUUUUUAUAUGUUGUGUACUUUACCUUAACAAGAGACAAACAAUUUGUGAAAGUAAAAAUUACAAAAUAAAUUAUAGUUAAGCUGUGAUUUAAAAGACUAAAUAUAACUUUGAACAAUUUAGAAUUCUUCAAUUUAAGACUUAAAAGGAAAAAGUUUCAAUAUUACCUGCUGGUGUGGGAAUUCAACGUCUGAUAUUAAACACAGCAUAAACCGACUAAUCAAGAAAGCUAGGAACAUAACACAAACUAAACAUCCUUUACUUGAAGAACUAUUUGAAGAAAGAUGUUUUUGCAAAACUAAACACAUUUUGGAUGAUACAUCCCACCCUCUUCAUCACAGAUACUUAGGAUCGGGCCGUUCGGGACGAAUUCUUUCCAUCAGGGCGAUGACUAACAGAUAUAAAAAUUCUUUUGUUCCCCAAUCUGUACGAAUUUACCGGCAUGCUUCCUCUGAAGUCACACAUCUGAAUGAGAUCUAAUAAGUCCCCGAUUUUGCUAAGAGAACUCACUGAAUGGCUGUUUGAAAUAAUUUAAUAUAAAUGUCUUGUGUUCAAAUUGUUUUAUUUUUUAGCUGAAAAUGUAUAAUGCAAUCAAAAAACAUUUCCAUUUAUUUGGAUCAAUAAAAGAAUCUUAUCUUAUCUUAUCUUAUCUUAUCGAAUCAAUUGAAUAUUUAUUUUUUAAUCCUUUACAUUACAGGCAAAGAUAGUUGAAGCUCUCUUAGGCUAUGAGGUUAUUCAAGUGUCCUGCGGAGCAUCUCAUGUCCUGGCUGUCACUAAUGAACAUGAAGUCUUUGCUUGGGGCAGGGGGGAUAAUGGUAAAUACCCAUAUUGAAAUUUGAAUUGUGUCUUAAAUGUUAAGGCUGAAUAUUUCAAGUUUUGAAUAUAAUAUAGUUUUGUCAUUGUUAAGAUGAUUUAAUUAAUGUAAAACUGUUGAACAGGCCGGCUAGGUUUGGGUAACUAUGAUUCAACCACAUCACCUAAACCAGUGAACAUACCGGGAGACUCUCACCCUUGUUUUGUCCAUUGUGGCAUGGACUGUUCUGUUAUUUUAACUCUGGAACAUACGCUGCUUUGUUCAGGCAGUAACAGGUAACAUAUUACAUAACAUAUUAUAUUAAAUUAAUACUGUUUCAUUUAUGAGAAAACAAAUCCAUUUUAUUAUUAUGGUAAAAACUUAUCAUGGAAGGUGGCGAGGUAGACUCACUGUUGGAGCACAAUCUUUAGAGCAAAAGCGCACCACUCACGCCCAAAGAAAGCGCACGGCAAGCAAAAGCAGAAUUCGGCUCAAGUCCAACUAGGACCCAAAACAAUGCGUGUCCCACAUGCGGCAAAGCUUUCUUGGUAAAAGUCAGACUGCCAGGUCACUUGCAUACUCACCGUUGAAUGCAGCCUUGGUCAUCUUGGCAUGCAAAGGUUGAGCAACACAUCAAGGGACGGAAUAAAAAGACAGUACACGAAGUUUAGGUUUCAGAAAUUAAGUUUUAAAUCUUCCCAUUUUUCUAUUGGACAGUUUGAAUUGUUGGAAUAGUUUACAUUUUUUUAACAUUUCAAUUUGUUUAAGAAAAAUCAUUGGAUUGGAUCCCCAACGAAUUAUUCCAUUACCACCUGUGUUGUUGUUUUUUUUACAUCGCUUAUGUAUUUUUCAAUUAUAUCCCUAGAAAUGUUUUUAUUGAUUAACUUUUUCAUGUGAUACUUUAUAUAGAAGAAGAGUCAAAUAAAAGUGAUGCUGUGAUGUGAUAUUUUAAAGAUAACAUAAUCUUAUUAGCAGUGUAGAGGCAGAAGUAAUUAAUGUUGUUUCAAUAAUAGUUAAAUGUAGCUCAAUUAAAAAGUUCCUGACCUGUUGUUUUUCUCUUCAGAUAUAACAAACUUGCACUUGACCAAAUUACUUCUGAUGAGGUUGUGGAAAGCCUAAUGGAAGAAUCCACCAGUUUUAUCCCCGUCUCAUCAUCCCCCAUCUCUAAUAUCCAGGUCAAGAUGGUUGCCCUUGGCACAUCACAUUCAGCCAUUGUUACUGGUAAAAUUUGUUAGAGUCUGCUUUUUUUACUGAUUUGAAGUGUCAGAAAAAAAUAUAUGCUUGUGAGCUGUCAGGUUUAGUCUUUCAUUGUUUAUUGUUGGGUAACCUUAUACUUACUUUCCCAUUCCAUUCACAAACUAAAAUGUCUUAAGACUUGACUCUAUUUUAGUUUGUCUUAAGACCUCUCAAUUUAGUUGCACAUACAUAAAAAUACAGACAUAAAAAUAAAGACAUAUAAAUGCAGACAUACAAAUACAGACAUACAAAUACAGACAUACAAAUGCAUAUCACAGGUAUAAACUGUUAGAAUUCAACUGAAGUAUCCAUAUACUCUCUAAACAAAUACAUGAGGUUUCACGAGUGCUUUCAAAGCCUAUUACAUUACCUGCACUAUAAUCAAAGUGUUUCAUUAGACAUUUAACUCAAUUUCAUUUUUUCUAAAAUGGCAGUACCCACUUGUAGCUUUCCUUUGUAAAUGAUACAAAACAGAAAUCUAUGGUGUGCAACCUGCCUCUCUUUGAUGGAGUAGAUGCAGCUCUUUUAGUUUACCAACAGCCUAUAAAAGGCUUGGACUGCGAUAAAAGCUUUUAAGUAGAUCAUUGAGACACGAAGAGUUUUUGUAAAUAAAACAAUCCAUGGGAAGCUUUAAUUACGAUUAGACAAAAUAAAAAUAUUUCGGCAAAUGCCUUCAUUAGAAAACAAAAAACAUUAAUAUAAUUGUAAAUUAAAUUUACAUAAUAUAUGAGUAUCCUAAUUAUACUUGGCUGACCGAGCGGUCUAAACUGAGUCAAUCCAAAAAGCUGGUGGCCUGGAGUUGAAUCCUCACCAAAGUCCAGACAAGUAAAAACAUCCCCACCACCCCAGGUGAAUGGGACUCGUUAACACUGGAAGGUCAACUCAUCUAAGACAAGGAAAAUUCUGAAAUCAAACCAGGAAAGGGAGUCCGUAUGGGGAAAACAUUGACGCAAUGAAUAUUCCGGCAACUCCUGUGACGCUUAUGGUGCCAAGCUGCAUCAUCCACAUAUGAUGUUCCCUUGGGUUAUCCCGUUGCGUGGAGAGAGGCGAUUUGCUGUCUAGGGAACCAGCUUAUUCUCCUAAAGAAAAAUCCCAAGCCUUGUGAUUUUGUCCUGCAAAGUCUACACCAUCGUCACAUUGUGACGGACAAGUCUACACCAUCGUCACAUUGUGACGGACGGAUGCCAGUAGAAUUAUACCUGGAAAUGAACAAAUAUAAAAUAAUAAAAAGGGGGACAAGUGAAAAACAAAAUCAAAGACAGAACGUAGUUCCUCAAAUAUGAUCCUUCAAGCUUUGAAAAUUAUUAUAAAUUCCAGCAUUAAUCAGGUCCAGUUCAAACCACAAUAUGAAAUUGGUUAUAUGUUAUUUUAAUAUUUUAAAUAACAUUGAGUGACCAAAAACAAACUGUCAUCUUUUUAAUAUCUGGUAAUCAUUAAACAUCAAAUGCUCAAACAAGUCACUUGAUCAUCGGCAGUUGAUGGAGAUUGUUACACAUUUGGCUCCAAUCAGUUUGGACAGCUGGGUGUGGAGACUGAGCCGGGCAACAGAAAACCAAAACAUGUAACAUUGUUACAAAAUAAGGUGGCCUUGAUUUCCUGCGGGGACAUUUUUACGGUGGCUGUUUUAACUGGUAGGUGGACAGUGGUAUUUUAUGGUAUCAUUUUUUCAGUGGUUCUCAACCUUUACUUUAACUCUCCACUGAAACAUUAAUCUUUUUGAUGACACCCCAUACCCUCUUCAUUUCUGUUAACUAAUGAUGAAAGCUUAUUAUUAGUUUAGCUACGUGUAUAGUAAAUCACAAGUUUACGAACUGAUCUCAUAUUUAAUAGUUUAGCUGUGUUAAUUCUUAUAAGAAACAUAAAUUUUUUUUUUUUUUUCAAAUUUGACAGAUAAUGAAGUAUAUACAUGGGGAAAGUCGUCUCGGGGUCGUCUUGGCCGACCGGUUGAAGAGAGUCACCUCCCUCGACCUGUUCAGUUCCCUAAAGAUGAGGAGCCGUUUGAGGUUGUUUCUGUGUCUAGUUGCCAUGGCAGCACAGUCAUAGCUACCUGUCGUAAG